UGUCGAGUUUUCAGUUUUAUUUCAAUCAGGUAGCUAGCUGUAGCCUACUGACUCUUAAAAUGAAAAGCAGAUAGAAAUAUCGGUUAUUGAUUAACUUUGUCUGACGGGCAGGAGGCAGGAAACGGAUACGAUCGUUUGCUGAAAACACACAUAAAUAUGAAACGUUUCCUCACUUUUACAGGUUAGUAGUGAAAAACGCGACAUUAGUUGCAAUGUCGUGGCUACUUUAUUUGCCACUAAAACGCGUUUGUACCAACUGUAAAUAUCGUCUUCCACCGAUCCUACGCAGUUAUUCAUCUUUGUGGACACCGCAAGCUCUAUGCAAAAUAAGGCUGUCAAAACAAAGCUUUGUACGGCAGCGAAGACAGUUUUUUGGACCUUCACGUCAAUCUGUCACCAUUUACAAAUCCAGGUUUUGGAUCUUUGGAAUCGGUACAGGGAUAGUCUUAGCGUUGGGUUUGAAAUGUCAUAUUGACUUCAAUGAAAGCUCGUGUGAGGAUAUAAUUAAUAAUGACAUUGGUAGGAAGUCUGGGAAAUACCUUGCGGCGAUUCAAGUAAGCCGGGACCUUGCUAGCCGGAUAAAGGUAGGCCAGCAGGAUGAAGUUGGGGCACCAGGACUAGUUGUUGGUGUGUCUGUCGAUGGCACACAGGUCUGGUGUGAAGGGCUUGGCUAUGCUGACUUGGAGAACCGAGUGCCAUGCAGUCCAGAGACAGUGCUGCGGAUUGCUAGCAUCAGUAAGCCCCUCACAACAGCUGCAGCAGCUCGUCUGUGCGAAGAGGGAAAGCUUGACCUGGAUGCUCCAGUCCAGAAGUACGUCCCUGAGUUCCCCCAAAAACAGUUUGAGGGAGAAGAUGUCACUAUAACUCCAAGGAUGAUUCUCUCUCACCUGAGUGGCAUACGGCACUAUGAGAAGGACAUCAAGAAAGUGAGAGAGGACAGGGAAAAGGCAAGAGGACUUCUAAAGCAACCAGACAAAGAAGAGAAAAGCACAAAAGAGGACACUAAGACAGAGGCCAGCUGUACCAAGCAGAACCAGAAGAAGAAGAAGGAGUUUGAACAGGAGGAGUACUACCUGAAAGAUAGCUUUGACAGUGUUAUUCAUGCUUUGGAUUUAUUCAAGUAUGAUCCUCUCGUUUUCAAACCUGGCACUACGUUUCUGUACUCAACCCACGCCUUCACCCUCCUCAGUGCUGUGGUGGAGCGGGCUGCAGGCCAGCGCUUCCUGGAUCACAUGAUGAAGAUGUUCAGGGAACUGGGCAUGCUCAACACAGUACCAGACGAAAACGAUCCCAUCAUCUAUAAUCGCUCAAGGUUUUAUCAUUUCAGUAAGAAAGGGCGUAUUGUGAACUGCCCGUACGUAGACAACUCCUACAAGUGGGCCGGAGGGGGCUUCCUCUCCACUGUGGGCGACCUGCUCAUAUUUGGAAAUGCACUGCUCUACAGCUUCCAGUUGGCCCAGCUAAAGGACACGUCAGGCCUCCUGCCUGGCAUCCUGCAGCCCCAAACAGCCACGGCCCUGUGGGCUCCUGUGGAGAAAACCGAGGCGAGCUGGGAUAAAGAUGGGCUGUACGCUCACGGCUGGCUGGUGGUAGAGAAGCUGCAGAAGUAUGGCCUUUGCAGGAGACGUAGGCAUUACGUGUCACAUACAGGAGGUGCUGUAGGGGCUAGCAGUGUGCUGCUCAUCCUGCCCAGUGAGCCCAUAAGUGAGAUGGCUGAAGGGCAGAGAGCUGCUCUCCCUCAGGGUGUUGUGGUGACAAUCAUAACUAACAUGCAGUCAGUGGGACUCAACAGCACAGCACUGAAGAUCGCCCAUGAGUUUGACAAAGCCAGAGUUGUAUGAGAAUGUUGACUAUACAGAUUCUUACAUCCACUGCCAAGUUCUCAGCAAGUCUUUUAUCAGACAUUUUUCGUUGUGUUUUGAUACAGCUUUUAUAUUUGUCUGCCUAUUAUGGUGUAAUAAAACCCAAUGGUCUACA